ACUAAUGCACGCCUACUCGAAUAUCUCACUUAUAUACAUGCCUGUGUUCGUUCAGUAUUUUCAUUGCUGUGCAAUCGCUUCUCUCCCCAGCCGCAAACCACCUGCUGGGUGCGAAUCGUAAGGUGGGAGGAAACUCACCUGUUGAUUAACACAUGCGCAUUUAUACUCUUUGGACUACGCCUUGGAGGAUCAUUCUUUCACGUUAAGCAAUUACUGCGAAAGAAACACAUUUAUUAAAACUCUUGUGACAACUCAGGAGUAAACAAGGAGUAUCCUGGCAUAUCCUCUUCGGGGUUAUAGUCACACGGAAGAAAAAGAAGAAACUCCCUCCAGGUCUAUGUUGAAGCUCUGUGGUUAACCUCCGUGAGAUGAAAAUACGCGACUGUUUGGCCUAAUUAUCAGUCAGUGUCAGUGUACGAUCAGAAGCUCAGAAGACGGAAAUCACGAGAUUUCGAGGUUAACUUAUCCUGCUAUGACGGACUUUUCAACGGUGCCAAUUGUUGCUCUCUCGGAUACGACCAAGGAAUCAAUUUCGUCGUUACUUAAUCCUACAAAAUGCUUGCCAGCAGACAACGGAUUGCCAAGAGAUUGGAGAGGAUUGGCGGAACUGGCGGUUUUCGAUAGCGUGGACCUACCCAAUCUGUCAUCCAAGUCAGAUCCGUGUGGAUAUAUUUUGAGCAUAAUACAGAAGAAAAGUCAAGGUCUUAUGUUUGCUACAUUUCAAGCAUUGUUGGAAAAAUUGGAGAGAUGGGACGUCAUCGACGAUACAGCCGCUCUAAUGGAGAGAGAUGCUCAGAUCUAUAAACAAUGUUCCCAAAGAACGUUAACAUCGGCAAAUGCUAUUGACAACCAUGUUGAAGAACAGAUAAUAACAUACGAUGAUUUGUGGCGAGUGCCACAAGGCUUAGGCAAACAGCAGUAUGAUGCAUUUCUUUUAUUCGCUGAAGAAGACAUCAAUUUUGUCGAUGAAUUGUGUGAAAAGCUGGAAGAUAAAUAUGAACUCAAGCUUUGCAGAAAAGAUCGAGACUUUAUAGUUGGACUUCCAUUCGAACAUUCUGCAAUAAUGAAAUUGAUAUCUGAACGAUGUAACAGAUUAAUUGCAAUAUUAUCUCCCAAUUUUGUGAGAAGUUCAGUAACCGAAUUUUUCGUCAAUUUCACUCAAGCACAAGCAAUAGAGACAAGGGCGCGUAAAAUUAUCCCCUGCUUUUACAAGAGAUGCGAGGUACCAGUCCAAUUGAGAUAUUACCACAUAUUAGAUUUCAACAUACAGAGCAAGAAUUUCAACUUUUGGGAAAAAUUAAGCAAAUCGAUAAAAACCCCAGAUGUUCGGUGUCGUGAAACAAGAGCAACUGCCUUACCUACACCUGCAGUUGAGAAAUCAAAGCCGUGUAAAUUUUUACAAGAUACAGAAAGAAACGAAUGUUCCAUGGUUGAAAAAGUUGGUGAGGUGAAAAAAACUUCCUGCGAGUCAUACGAGCCGAAACUACCGUGUAAUGUCGAUAAUGUUGACGUGGAACCUGAGAUAAUACCUGAAACAGUUGCACAGAAAUCGAAAGGACCGUCGAGGUUUUUCAACUUUAAAAAAUUCUUACCUUCCAAACAAAGUAAAGUAAAAUGUUCAUCGAAAGAACUCAAUGAAUCCAGAAGUCUGUCCGCUUUCGAUCUUUCAUCGCUUGAUUCGAUAAAUUCUCUAUCGGAUACCUGUAAAAAGAAAAAAACUACUAGUAACAAAUAUAAGAACAAAAUUAGCGUUUUUAUGAAAUCGUGAUUGUGAAAGAUGGUUUUAGUCGUAUUUGGCACCUCAUUGAAGAAUAGAAAUUCUAACUGUAGUUGUUUAUGUUUACUUGUUCGGUGGACGUACCGAUGAUCCUCGAAAAAUACUCUUCAUUUACACUCAUAAGCCAAUAACUCCGUUUCAAUAAUUAAGAGUAUUAUCAUUUACUAUUGUGAUAAUAGCAAGGGUUGCCAUGGAAGUUGGAAAACUUAUAAAUGGCAGGAGAAUUAUAGUAGAAGAGAAGGUCAGAAAUUUCGUACAAGUUCUUUCGACAGAUAUCGAAGGUAGAGUAGUUUUUUUUCUUCGCAAGUACUUCAAAAGUGGAUGCACGGAUUCCUUGUAAGCAGGAUUCCCAUUGAAUCACUGAACCGGUUUGGAUGAAAUUUGCACGGGACACUGAUCUUAUCGCCAAGAUGGACCUAUCACAUUUCUGGUUUCGAAAUGGCAGCUGCUAACUUCGUCGUCUUUCGAGAUAUCCAAAAUCAAAUGUCGCGAAAACAAGUGAUCAUGCCUUACGCAAAAAACUGAAGAUCUUUUCGGUUAAGCCGUCUAGUUUUCAUGAGAAAACUCGUUCUUGCCAAAUAUAUCGUCAACAAUCACCAUCAUAAAAUUCUUGAAAAACCUGAGGUUGAAGUUGCUUCAUGUAUUUCACGAUUUGCGCACAUGUUUCAUUAUACAGAGUAAGAGAAAAAAUUCAAUUCCUGUCACACUAAAUCAUCGAUUUCCGCACAAAAUGUCUAUUCGUGUAAUUAUUGUAUAAAUCAACCAAACGUAUAGUCAAUUGACAUCUUUUAUUUGUAUAUAAUGUAUGUAUAUAAAUUUGUCAUAACACAAAUACAACAUGUAUGAUGUAUAUUUUUACCACUGUAUAUUUAAAUAAAAUUAGGAAAAAUA